AAGGGUUAAGAACGCUACAGCAUUACAUCACUCAGCAUCCCCCAGUCCUGAGGUGUUGAAUCGAGCACUAGGUGGCAUCCGAGAUGAGUAAGGAUCCGCGUCUCCGUUCAGACGAGACAUCCAGUCAGCGGCGUCGGGUGUCUCAGGGAACAGUCCCGCUGCAGACACAAUGCGCAGGUGACAAGAACCCGCUUCCAGGAGUUCGUCUCUGACCUGUGCCGACUCGAGGGCGAGAACAGCGCUGACUUCCCCGUCCGGAGCGACGCAGGAGGAUGCACUGCCUCUCUGGCGUCACCGUCACCCCACAACUCCAUGGCUACCUCAUUAGGGGUACUCUGGAGGAACAGGUGUCGGGGAAGUGACGUCACGAGCCUCGGAAACCGGAGGUGUGCGCUUUGGAGAGCAAGAUGGCAGCGAAAUCCGACGGUCGGGGGGUCGUCACCGGUUUCGCCCAGCUGCACAACCUGGACGAGACGGUGGGGAGCUGCGAGGACGACCCGCGGCAGGGCAGCUCCUUCCACAUCUGCCACUGCUGCAACACCUCGUCGUGCUACUGGGGCUGCCGGAGCGCCUGUCUGCAUUACCUCCUGGGCAAGGGGAGAGACGUCAGGCGGCCACCUCGCGAGGAGCGCCUGUGGUUGGACUGCCUGUGGAUCGUCCUCGCGCUCCUCGUCUUCUUCUGGGACGUAGGCACUGACUUAUGGCUCGCGCUUGACUACUACGUCAAGCAGGACUACCUCUGGUUCGGACUCACACUGUUCUUCGUGCUGGUGCCGUCGGUGCUUGUCCAGAUCUUGAGCUUCAGGUGGUUCGUGCAGGAUUACACGGGGGGCGGCCUGGGCACCGUGGAGGGUCUCAGCAGCGGCCGGAGAGCCACGGCUGGCACGAGCGCAGGGGUGUACGGCAGGGUCAGAUGCUGUCGCGUAUCAGUGUGGGUCUGGCAGACGCUCAUACACAUCCUCCAGAUGGGACAAGUGUGGAGCGGGUGCUGUGAGGCGAUGACAGUUGUAUUAGCAGUCGAUUGCGAGGUCACUCUCGCUCAGAUCCACUGAGACACAGCGGUACAGCAGAGGAGCAAAGCAGAAACAAGAGCAACGAACAGAAAGAAAGAGAUAUCCAACAACAGACAGCUGAAUUUUCUCAUUGCUAGUAUUGUUUUUUCAUUACUUCUUGUUGACCAAAUCUAGCACACAGAUAAUUUAAUUUGAGAACAGGGUCAGUGACAUGACGAUAUACUGAUGAAUUUAUUCAAAAAUGCUUUAAAAUGCAAUUUGUACAUGCAAUGACUUGAACACACCUCUUCUAUGAUGACCAUGAGAAGUGUUGUACACUUCAGUAUGUGCGUGUAUAAUAUAUAUUACAAUUAUAUAUAUUAUUUUUAUUAUUCAGGUUGUACUGUGAUAAUUAUUUAGCUGUG